AGAAACACGAUGGCUGGAUUCAAGUGGAUUAUAUUUUCUUUAUUUCUGAUGCUGCUGAUCAGUUUUCCAGAACCAACUUGGACAGAUUCCUCCUUCACUGUCAGAGCUGGACAGGAAGUCACUUUGUCUUGUGAAAAUGUGAUAGACGAUCAGAAUAAGUGUGAUGUUGUCACUUGGCUCUUCCGUGAUUUAAGAAACAGAGUAACGCUGUUUGAACGUGGACAGAUUCACAAAGAUGCCAGAUCUAAAUCAGACAGACUGAGUGUUACACAGAACUGUUCUCUGGUUAUAAAGAAGGUCACAGAGGAAGAUGGUGGUUACUACACCUGCAGACAGAUCAAAUCAGGACAACAACAAUCCUCUCCCCAGGUUUAUCUGUUUGUUGUUACCAUGACUGAACACAAGAACACUGAUCAGGUGACGUUGUCCUGUUCUGUGUCAGUGCAUCGAUGGUGUGAACACAGAGUGAAGUGGCUGUAUGAGGGGAAAGACGUGGAUGAAGAUCACAAAGACAUGAAGACGUCAGACUCUCAGUGCUCAGUUACUGUCACAUUUCUUACCUCUUAUCUGAAGCAGGAGUCAAAGCAUCAUGAGUUAUUUAAAUGUGAAGUGACUGAUGAUUACACUGGAACAGUGCAGCAGUUCACCUUCAACCGUCAGUCCUCAGGUGAUGAUGCAACAACUUCACCAACAACAACUAAAUCAACAUCGACAGCAGGAAUGAACACAGGAGGUGAAAAACCAACAUUUACAAGCAACCAUGAUGGAACAAAACAAGCUUGGGUGCGCUUCAUCACUGUGUCUGUGGGUUUAUCAGCGCUCAUAAUAAGUGUUGUUACAGUCAACAUCUGGACAAGAACUAAAGGGAGCAAAACACAGACGGGAGAAAACACGGGGCAUCAUGAUGAAGAUGAAGAUGACGGUACAGUGGAAUAUGAAAACGUUGGAGAGCCUUCUUCCUCUGUCAGACUGCACUGAUCAGAGAAACGAGUCCACUGCUGUCAAAGAUCAUCCCAUCUUGGUAGUCCUGCCUUAACCUGUUUUGUAGCCUCAAGUGGCAGCAUGAGGUACUGCACUUUUUGGUACUUCCACAUGAUCAUAACGUUUUUAUAUCCUGGAUGACUGAAUGUGUUUGUUUCCAUCAAUCAGUGUAACAAAUAUUUGUAUUUUAGUCUGAGUGGGACACAGAUGCUCACGUCUUGAGUUCUCACAUUAAGAAGCUGAGUCAUCUAACAGGAAAGAUAACUCAUUAUAUUCAUUCAUUUCUCAUUUAACCUCAUUAAAAAAAUGUCUUUAUACUCCUGUCUACACUGUAUAUAUCUGCUCUAUAUUCAUAUUGUACCUCCAGCUGUUUAUUCUGUAUGUAAUGUCUUCUACUAAUGUCCUCGUGUAAAUGCUGCACAUGGUAGUGCUGUCAAUCCUGUUUAUGCCUUAUCAUAUUCAUAUCUACCCCCUACUGUGUAUUCUGUAUAUUAUAUAAUGCACUUUGUACAGUGUUCUGCUUUUUGCACUUCUGGAUACUAAACUGCAUUUCUUUGUCUUAAUACU